AUGCCUAAUAUUACUGAAGAAACCAUCAAGGAGAGAAUCAAAAAAGAACUUAAUGGAACCGAAAAAAAGGAUCUUAUAAAUCUUUAUUUAGAUAAUUGUAAAAUUGAAAAUUUUGAAGCGUUGUCUGAUGGUUUUGAUUCACUAGAAUCUAUUUCUCUUAUUAAUACCUCACUAUCUUCAUUAGAGGGAUUCCCAACGUUAGCUAACUUGAAGGUUAUUGACCUUUCUGCCAAUAAUUUAACAGGUGGUCUUAAACAUCUUACAAAAAAUAUGGAAAUUGCUCAUAUUAAUUUAUGUUCUAACAAAAUUGAAAAACUUGAGGAGCUCGAACCACUAAAGGAGCUAGAUAACCUUAAAUCUUUAGAUACAUUUGACAAUCCAAUCUCUUUCUUGGACAAUUAUCGUGAAGCUAUUUUCAAGAUGUUACCACAAUUGACAUAUCUUGAUGGAGCUGACAAAACUGGAACGGAGAUGGAAAUGACUAUGAAUACAGAAGCUGAGGAUGAUGACGGUGAGGAUGGAGCUGAAGAUGAGGAUAAUGACCGGGGUCUUUCAAUUCUUAAUGAUCCUGAAGCAUGUGAAGACGAUGACUCAGAGGACUUUGUGCCACCUAGUGAAGAAGAAGUAGCGUCUCGUGGUGUAAAAAGAAAACAUCCUGGAGACGAGGAAUAA